UCUUCAUUUUCUGUGGACUCCUGUUGCACGUUUCAGCUGUGCUUUUUCUGCUGCUGAAGACUGCGCGAGUUGUGAUUUGUUCGACGGUCGCCGGAGCCGUCCUCCUCCCUCCGAUCGUCUUCCUCGCCCGCCGUCCGUACCCAUUAUCAACCCAGCCCGGUAGCACGAGUUGUGAAUCACCCGACGGACGCCGCAGCCGCUUCCCGCCAAUCGAUCGUCUGCUUCCCACGCCGUCCACCCGGCCCAGCAGUUACAUACUGCGAGCGUCAUAUCAAAGAUGGAGUCCACUACAACAGCUCUGUUGAGUGCAGUGACGGGAACAGUUGCGAUGACGGCAGCCUACGCUUACGCUCAACGGGACUGGCUGAAGGACCAAUGGCUGGCCUUCAUCUCCCCCGCCAUCUACAACUUUCUGAAGGGAACAACAAGGGAGCAGCGCGCCCUUAAAUACCUCAAGGAGCACGCCCGACAAGGAGAUCCUGACAGCGUUCUGGAAACGUUUGACGAGUUCUGCAGGACCCAGGAAUGGGCCAUGAACGCGGCGGAGGAGAAAGGCGACAUCCUGGACGAAAUAGUGCGUGAGCUGCAGCCGACCACAUGUCUGGAGCUGGGGACGUACUGCGGCUACUCGGCGGUUCGCAUUGCCCGAAAUCUGUCUCCUUCCGCUCGUCUCAUCACUAUAGAAGUCAACCCGGAUUAUGCCGCCGUGGCCAGGGAAGUUGUGAAGCUGGCUGGUCUACAGGACAAGAUCGAGGUCAUCAACCUUGAUAGCGCUGACGUCAUCCGAGAGCUCAAGAACACGUAUGACGUCACGAAGCUGGACCUGGUUUUCUUGGAUCACUGGAAGUACCUCUACAUCCGGGACAUCAAACUCAUCGAGGAAGAGAAGUUGUUGAAGAAGGGAUCUGUUGUUUUUGCAGAUAACGUCAUUAUUCCAGGAGCUCCCGGUUAUCUUGAGUACAUAAGAGGCUCCAAGAACUACAAGUCGACUUUCUAUUCUGUUCACUUUGAGUAUAUGGAUGACAUGAAGGAUGGAGUGGAAAAGUCAGUGUAUAUUGGUGAUGAGUAAGCAGUAACGCCACCUGGCGGCAUUGUAAAAAACGACAAUUACAGGUGGUUAAGGCAUAUUUUAGCCUCGCUCGUUGUUUUAGUCUUGGUUAGUUGUUACAUGAUAUUAACUGAUAAUCUCCAAGAGAAGGCUGUUUUUGACAUGUUUUUUUCGGGGUUUUAUUUUGUAUCCCUUUCUUCGCAAUGAAACGAAUUAUUUGGCAACAUUUAGAAGUACACCAAUGUAUUCCUAGGGCUGAAUUGCACUUCAUUGUAGUACAACAUACUAAAGCGAUCUAUGUCAGAAAUGUUAUACAAAAAAGAGGCUACAUACAUAUCGUAAUAUUUGUAUUAAAAACAAUUACAGACAAGGUUCGUCAUUUACAAUACUUCAUACAUUAUGGUAAUGUAGUGUUGUGCAGCUAAUAAAUCUAUGCAUGGACUAGCUUGCAAAAUAUUUAUCCUCGUAGGCUUGUAGCUUUAGUAUGAUAUCAACUAGUUUCAUAUUUACAAUGCGGAGAUGACUUCGUUUAACAGAGGAGCAUAACGUACAAAUUUGCUGUCACAUAUAUUUGUAUUUCCACUGCAAUUUUUCAUGUGAAAGUAUAGUCCCAAGACUUCAUAGCUCUGCCUACAUAAUAAAUGACACUUAAGGAUUGAAAUAGGUAAUGAAUAAGUACUUUUUAUGCUUUUAAAAGCAUUUUUAUUGCAGCAUUACAGAUAUCACAAGACACGUGCGAUAUAUUUUUACUGAACAUUGAUUAUAUAUAAUUCCUUACAUAAGAAGCAAUAUAGUAUUAGAUGAAAUAUCA